GGACGGACGGGGCUUUCGUCGCGGGACCCCUCCCGCCUCCAGGGAGCCCUCUGCCCCGCGACGACUCGCCAAGACUUCAUCCGGACCCUGUUCGAGGGGAAGGAAAGCACCAGGCAGUCCCUGAAGGGGGAAUCCCCUCGUGCGCUCCUUCAGACGUUAGGCUUUCCUACAUGGAAAGUAUUCCCACGUAGGAAAACGCGUAGGGCUCCGGUAGGGCGUCUCAGGGCGAGACCACCCACGUCGUGGGGAGCCAUCCACCCUGAGGCUACGCAAGACUGCUUUGCUCGGAGGAGGAGCGUUUGCGAGGCUACUAGUUCUGCAUUGCAGGGGGUGGACUAGAUGACCCUUGGGAAUCCCUUCCAACUCUGCAAAUCCAUAAGCGAGUGUUCGCGGCCCAUUUCACGUGCCCAGAGUGCUUCACUUGCCUACAUUGUCCCAUUCCAUGAAUCCUCACAAGACCCCUGUAACAGGGGGAUGAGUGCCAAGAAGGCGGCAGCAGCAGGAAAGCCUCCACUUCGGAAAGGGGCAAAGCCAGCAGCUCCAGCAAAGGGGGUCCCUGUGAAGGCAGAUGCAGCCCUACCAAGCAACAGCACCAGACCCCAAGAUGUUGCCCUGAGCAGCCAUCCCAAAGAGCUGACGCGUGAAGUAAAGGCUGCACUCACGUUGCAGAGUGCCUUCCGCCGCAUCUUGGCAUGUCGUGAGAGAGCGAGGCGAUUGCAAGAGCGACAGGAGUACAAUGAGUUAAUGGACCGCCUCCAGAGAGAGGCCUUUGCUGCGCUGGUGAAGAGGGAGCGAGAGGAAGCUGAGCGGGAGAGAAAGAAAGAGGAGGAAGAGAAGAAGAAGCAGCGGGAGGAGCAGCAGAGGAGGAAGCGGAUGUUGGAAGCGGCCUUUGAUGGGGAUGUGGAAGAGAUGAAGGCCGUCCUGAAAGAGGUGGCAGACCUGGACACCAAGAGCGGUCUGGGGACAGACGAGGGGGCCAAGGCUCUGCGCCUCCGACACCACCUCAACAUGGUGGACUGCACUGACGCCAACGGCAACACGCCCCUCUCUGAGGCAUCUGGAGGGGGCCACCCUGAUGCCAUCCGGAUGCUGAUAGAGAACGGAGCCAACCCCAACAGCCGGGGCGCUUUUAACCGGACUCCUUUGUAUCGGGCUGCUUUUGGGGGCCACCUAGCAGCAGUGGAGCUGCUUCUCCAGCACGGGGCUGACCCUCGACUCUAUGCGGAUGACGGCAACACCCCAGAGCAGAUUGCUUCCCUGGACAGCUUGGUGGCUGUGCUGAACUCCUGGGACAUCCACCUGACAGAGUCCAUGCUCCAGAAGAUGGAGGCGGAAGAGCAGCGAAGGGCGCAGCAGGACAAGAAGCAGAAAGAAGCAGAGACCCGACGGAUGACAGAGGAGGUAGAGCAGCUGGCCAAGGAGCAUGAGAGAUGCAGCAAGGAGCUGCAGCAGGCCUACUGUGAGCUGAACCGGAGGAUCACAGAGCACGACAAGUGCCAGCGGAAGCAGAUGGACAAUGCGGAGAUCACCCUCCGUGCCAUCGCGGACGCAGAAUCCCUGGUGGAGACGCUACGCGUGGCUGCUGAAAAUGCUGAGGAGAAGGUCUCCCUGGCCCGGCUGAAGCUGCGGGAGCAGAUGCAGGAAGGGUCAGCAGCAGAGUUCCAUGGCCUGAAGUGCUCUGUGCAGGAGCUGGAUGAUGUGCUCUUGAAAGACGUGGGUGGGAAAAUCCAUGCAGAUGGACGGUGGCCACUGAUCAUUGACCCUUCCGGGCAGGCAGCCAUCUUCCUGCGCUAUCGGGACACCAACUUUCUGAACACAGUGAACCCCAGCGACAUGGCUGAAGAGACCAUUCGCCUGGCAUUGCUGGGCUCUCUGCGAUAUGGGAAGCCCCUUGUCUUUGACAUGAUGGAGGUGAACAUGUUUGACACCGUGAAGAAGCAGCUGGAACGGCUUAAACCAGGCUUGGCAGAGGCAAUGCUGGACAAGAAGAUCCUACAGAAUGAGAGGUAUCUCUCCCUACGGAGGCCAACAGAUGGGCCUGAAUAUGCAGAGACAGAGUUUCAAGCAGCUCGAAUAGAAAAAUUCAAACUCUUCAUUGUAACUAAACAGCAGCAUCCUCCCGAAGAGAUGCUGCAGCAGCUCCUUCCGAUCCAGGUCAUCCUGUCCCGAAAGCGAGGCUUUCGGAGAGCCCCCUUCUCACACCAGCGUCCCUUUGCCCGAUGAAAAGUGCAUCCCAAAGCCUUGGGGCCAAUCCUCACCUCAGCCAUGAAGCCUUUUCUUUCACCUUAGCACAACUCAUUCCCCUUGACUCUUGCAAGCAGGCAGGCAGAAUUGAAUGCAAAUAAAAGUUUCCUUGAAAAGGUGCCUCUUGAGUAUUUCUACUACACAUCAAUGCACCAGGGCCUGCAGGGGUCUCCCCUAGAACAAAUUGAGGGCGCGUGCAUGGAGAGGAAAGGGAGGGAACUGUGUGGGUUGGAGUCACCAGGCAUGGUUUGCACUCAUUCACUUGGCCCAGACUUCCAAAGAAGGAGGCAUCCUUCCACAAACCCCCCACUCCUGCUGCCCUCCCCCCCCCUCUGCUUCUCAGGCUAUUCCUUUUGUGGUUGGUCAGCGUGAAAACAGGACUCAAUGGGAUGAGCCUCAUGCAGCUGAAGGACUUCCUGCCCUGCCUCCCUGAAGGCCUGAGUCCUUGGAGUGGCCUGCACAACCAGGACAACACAAGGUGAGGGAGGCAAAGGCUCUGCCAGCUCAAGAGA